AUGGAUGGAGGAGCCUGGUGGGCUGCAGUCCUGCUCACAUGGUCUUCUGAAGAAGCCAUGGGUAGCUGUUGUAGCUGUCCAGAUAAAGACACUGUCCCAGAUAACCAUCGGAACAAGUUUAAGGUCAUUAAUGUGGAUGAUGAUGGAAAUGAGUUAGGUUCUGGCAUAAUGGAACUUACAGACACAGAACUGAUUUUAUACACUCGCAAACGUGACUCGGUAAAAUGGCACUACCUCUGCCUCCGACGCUAUGGUUAUGAUUCAAAUCUCUUUUCUUUUGAAAGUGGUCGAAGGUGUCAAACUGGACAAGGAAUCUUUGCCUUUAAGUGUGCUCGUGCAGAAGAAUUAUUUAAUAUGUUACAAGAGAUUAUGCAGAAUAAUAGUAUAAACGUAGUGGAGGAACCCGUGGUUGAAAGGAAUAACCAUCAGACAGAAUUGGAAGUCCCUAGGACACCUCGAACACCUACAACUCCAGGGUUUGCUGCUCAGAACUUACCCAAUGGAUAUCCCCGAUAUCCAUCGUUUGGAGAUGCUUCAUCCCACCCUUCCAGCAGACAUCCUUCUGUGGGAAGUGCCCGCCUGCCCUCAGUAGGUGAAGAAUCUACACAUCCUUUGCUGGUGGCUGAGGAACAAGUACAUACCUAUGUCAACACUACAGGUGUGCAAGAAGAAAGGAAAAACCGCACAAGUGUGCAUGUCCCAUUGGAGGCGAGAGUUUCUAAUGCUGAAAGCAACACACCAAAAGAAGAGUCAAGUAAUAUUGAGGACAGGGACCCUCAGAUACUUCUUGAACCUGAAGGAGUUAAAUUUGUCUUAGGACCAACACCAGUUCAAAAGCAAUUAAUGGAAAAAGAGAAACUGGAACAACUUGGAAGAGAUCAGAUCAGUGGAAGUGGUGCAAAUAACACAGAAUGGGACACUGGCUAUGACAGCGAUGAGCGGAGAGAUGUGCCCUCUGCUAACAAGCUGGUGUAUGAGAACCUAAAUGGCCUGUCUCUCCCCAGCGCCUCUGGGUUCAGGAGAGGUCGUCUGCCGUCCACCAGUACCUCAGAUACCCAGAAUAUCAACAACUCAGCUCAGAGAAGAACUGCAUUGUUAAACUACGAAAAUCUACCAUCUUUGCCUCCUGUUUGGGAAGCCCGCAAGCUAAGUAGGGAUGAAGAUGACAACUUAGGACCAAAGACCCCAUCUCUGAAUGGCUACCAUAAUAAUCUAGAUCCAAUGCAUAACUAUGUAAAUACAGAGAAUGUAACAGUGCCGGCAAGUGCUCACAAAAUAGAGUACUCAAGGCGUCGGGACUGUACGCCAACAGUCUUUAACUUUGACGUCAGACGCCCGAGUUUGGAACACAGGCAGCUCAAUUACAUACAGGUUGACUUGGAAGGUGGCAGUGACUCUGACAACCCUCAGACCCCAAAAACGCCGACCACGCCCCUUCCACAGACCCCCACCAGGCGCGCAGAGCUGUACGCUGUGAUAGACAUCGAGAGGACUGCUGCUAUGUCCAGUCUGCAGAAAGCACUGCCACGAGAUGAUGGCACAGCCAGGAAAACCAGACACAAUAGUACUGAUCUGCCCAUGUGA